AUGAAGUAUAUACCUGAGUUAUUUUGAGUAUAGAUCUCACGAUAGUUGGGGAUUUCUCGCAGAUUCAUGARGCCUGCUUUYAYAUCAUUCCGSYUUUAGUUAAAGGCUUACUAAUCUCAAAUAUGUCAGAUUUUAARAGCACUYUGAAUCAGUAUUGCCAGAAGUUUCGAAUAUCUCUUCCAAAGUACUCCACCAAGCAGUCCAAGUGUUCAAAAGGUACUCCUUUGUUCACUUGCUCAUUGCAAAUUCACAGUGGAGAAGUGUUUGAAAGCCAAGGCAUUCAUGGAAGCAAGAAAAGUGCAGAGCAAMAUACAGCAGAGCAGGCACUAAAACACUUAUUAAGGCCACCUGCAAAAGAUAAAGAGGCACCUUCUUCUACUGGUUUCAUCACAAGAGAAGUUGAAAAGUUACCUGACACGAAAGAGAAGAUGAAAGAUAUUAAAAUAAGCUUACAUAUAAGUGAUUCUCAAGAAAGUCAAAUGUCUCCUGAUUCAUCAAGCUCUGCUACACCUCAAACAGCUCCACAACAAAAACCUACUAGUAAUAACAAUUCAAAAGCUACCAGUCUAACUCCAACUUUAGGCACAUCCAAAAGCUUACUAAAUGAGCAUGCACUUAGACACCAUUUCACCUUACCAGUCUAUCAAAGCUCAAUAGAAAAUGGUGGCUUUGUCUGCACUUUAACAUUCAAUAAUGUGAAAUAUAAAUCAAAAGGCUAUCAUAGACUAAAGAAGGAAGCAGAGAAGUCAGCUGCACUUGAAGCUGUGUUAGCUUUGCAAAAUCAUGAUAGCAUGAAGCAGAGCUCUUCAGUGAACCAGUCUGACUCACCCAGCACUCCACAGUCAAACACUAAGGUUUCUAGUAGCAAAASAACCCCAGAUGGAGAAUCGCCUAAUGUAUUAUCCUACAAGAACCUACUACAAGAGUACACACAGCAAAGAAGAAGAGGUGAAAAYCCCAAAUAUGAAACUAAAAGUGAGRAUGGGUACUUCAAGUCAAAAGUCACCUUCAGUGGAAAAACCAUUGAGAGCAGUCAAGGAUUUCCCAACAAGAAAGAGUCUGAACAAGCAGUAGCAAGAGAAGCCCUUAUMAGUCUUGGUAUUGAAGAUCCAGAAAAACUGGCAUCACAACCAAAGGGGAAGGGAAGGAUKAUGGCAAAAAUAAUCAGACUACAGCCUCUUUUUGAACAAAUUCAUCAAAUUAGRAAAAUGCCAAGAUUGCAAGAAAAUGAUGAAAGACAAACAAAAAAGCUCAAACUGGAAAGUCUGUCAGUGGAAAAAGAAGCWGGACACAUUAACUUUGUCAGUGUUGGUGAAAUUUGGAAGGAGAAAGGGAAUGUUGCUUUGGUUGGAAACAAAGAUACCUCYUUUGUUUUGUACUGUACAAGGGCUGGGAACUCACUAGAAAUACUAAAUACAAGAACGAUGAUGAAUCAGAAGCUAGAACCAGGAUAUCGUCUUAUUGGUCUUGAUGCUGAAAUUGUUGAAGCUCAAGGGAAACUUGUUUUAAAAGCUGAGAGGUGUGCUGACAUUGAAGUUCCUGCACAACCUGACCCAGUAUUGAUAAGCUGUGGCGUUGUUACAUUGCAUCAAAGUUUGAAAGACAGUUCUCAUGUUGAGGUCCUUCUCAAAAGAUACCUUGUYAGUCAAGCUUUUGUUAAUGUCAAGGCAGCCAUGGCUCAGUUUUUCAGAAGAGCAUUGAGUGGKARCCCUGUGUCCCUUCCUGUUAAUAGUCUUACAAAGCACAUUGAUACUUGGAGGCUGGAUGAAGUYGUUGCCAUAUCAAUAAUGACAGCAAAUUCAAUCAAACAAGUCUUYUCAUCAAUGUGGAAGUUUAAAGAACAAUGGGGUGCAGUCUUGGAACCUCCAUUGCCAAGAGAUUUGCAAGAACUGCAAGCAAGGGCCCAACAGGAGCUUUCACAUCGCAAUGCCAUUGGUAUCAACAUAACAGAUUUUGAGAACCACCCCUGGAGUUUGCCAAAGGGGAAUUUUAGACACAGAAUGUUAACAACAGGUCUUCAUAUUGAAAAACCAAUGGAAUGUGCAGCAAGAGAAUUAUGUGAAGAAACUGGUCUUCAGUUGUAUCCUGAUGAUUUAGAGGGAGCACCAUAUAUAGAUUUACGACAGGAUGACAAUCUUAAUCCUCACAAGGGUGAUCUGUCUCGCUAUUUUGUUUAUGUUUACAAGAAUAUCCAUGAUCCAAGAGUGGAGCAAAGUCAAGUGCCUGGUAUUGACAUCAAUAUGAAACCUGUAUCACUAUCAGAGCUUCUUGCAACAGAAGACCCAGAUUCAGUAAAAGCAAACAACGUGGAGAAAAUGCCAAAAAAUGAGCCAACAUUUUUUGUUUUGGAUUCUCAUGACUCAAGCAUGGAAUCAGAUCAAACUCCUGAUAAAAGUGAGAUGAGUGACAUUCAAAUGGAGCCUGUGUCACUAUCAGAACUUCUUGCYAAUCAAGAUCCUAACUCAGGAAAAGCAACCAAACCAAAKAAAACAGAAGGAAACGAGCCAACAUUUUUUGUGUUAGACGAUCUUUACACUUCAUCAUCGUCAUCAUCAUCGUCAUCAUCACCAGUGACUAAAACCACACCAUUAAAUACAGAGUUGCCAAGUAAUGUGCAGGGAAAUCCUCCAGGUGUCAAUGAUACUGAGAAGAACCCCAAAAAAGUGUUGCAGUGUAAUAAAGACCAAGAACUAAAAGAAUUUGUUGAACCAGCUAGUGAGGGGAAUCCUAACACAAACUCUGAAAUGCAUGAACAGAGAGGGAAAAAGAGGAAAAGAUCACAAUCUGAUGAUGAAGAACACUUUGAUAAAUCUAACAACACUCCAUUARGAAACAUGCCAUCAUCAUCUAGUUACCAGUCUCCCAGUGUUAAGGCAGGUAACCAUGAAGAGUGUGCCUGGUUCCCAAUAGAAGAAGCUGUUAAAAUAUCUCCUGUUUUUGCAACAAUUUAUGAAAACCAGACAUUUGUUAAUUUACUGGAGUCACUCAAAACCUUGCACCACUGACAUACCAAGCGUUGGGGUUCCUGUGGGGAUGAACUCGCGGGAUUCUUGUUGACUUGAAAAGACUCAAUAAAUUUCUAGAUUUA